AAGGCUGUAUGUUCCAGGGCUAAUCUUCGAAGUCGCACAACCAUGGGCGUGGAAGUCGAAACAAUAUCCCCCGGUGAUGGAAGAACAUUUCCAAAGAAGGGUCAGACAUGUGUUGUUCAUUACAUAGGUAUGUUGCAGAAUGGGAAAAAGUUUGACUCCUCUCGAGACAGGAACAAGCCCUUCAAGUUCAAGAUCGGACGAAUGGAGGUCAUUAAAGGUUGGGAAGAAGGAGUAGCACAGAUGAGCCUGGGCCAGAGGGCUAAAAUCACCUGCACACCAGAUAUGGCUUAUGGAGCGACAGGCCACCCCGGGGUCAUCCCCCCGAACGCCACACUUAUAUUUGAUGUGGAACUGCUCAAGCUGGAGUGAUGCCUGCAGUGAAAUACAAAGGUUAAAGGUUAAAGAGGCUGCGUUCGCCAUAACCUGUUUCCACAGGGAGACCAUACCCGGCUGCCGCCUCCCACCAUGCACCUGCUCUUCUUCUCUUUGAUUUCUACAGUCUUCUUCAGUUCAAUAUUUAAACGUAUCUACUGCUGCUUUGUUGCCAUCUUGUAAUAAUAGAUACUGCAAGACAAUUUUUCACAUCAUGCGAGACUCUUUCCACAUGCACUACAUUUUGGUUUCUGUUUGUUAGUCAGUUUACUGAAACGCUUUUUUUGUUUAAUUUCAAUUAAAGUUGUAAAUUUUGUUGAAACCGAGAAGAAAUCAGUCAUCUGAUGAAAAAGCCGUACUACAUUGCAAUCAAAAAAAAUAUAUACUGCCUUACAGUUUCAGCAACAGAGGAAGGGUACAUGUUGAAAGUACAAUACUUCUGCUCUGUAUCUUAACUGGGCAUUAUACCACUGUCUGCAUUGCCACUUUGAGAAAGGUUUGUCCUGCUGAAUGCUCUGAAUGAUGUUGCUAUGUUUAGUAUAUUUUAUAUCCCUCAUAAACAUUUACUGCAAGUGUACCCGAUCCAAUCAACCCAAUCCAAUACUGUACAGAUACUCUGUAAGAGCCAUUGCUACUAUGACCGUUUAUUGACCAACUCUUGAAUAAAAAUGGCAUGUACUGUGUUGAGAAAAA